AUGUCCACAAGGAACAUGAUGGAAGUUAUUCUUCAAUCCCCCACUUCAGUCUCUCUGUUUGGGGUCUUUGUUGUUCUCCUGGUCCUCCAACUUCUUUACUCUAGCUUCGGUUCCCCAAGAAGUCGAGAACUUCCAGGACCCAGACCUGUUCCUCUGCUUGGUAACCUGCUCCAGGUGGAUCUGAAAAGACUUGACCAAAGUCUUUUUCAUCUGUCAAGAACAUUUGGACCAAUUUUCCAAGUCUACUUUGGGCCAAAGAAGGUGGUGGUUCUGGCAGGGUACAGGACUGUCAAAGAGGCUCUGCUGAACCAGGCUGAUGAGUUUGGAAACAGAGAAAUCACUCCUCUUUUCUACGAUUUUACCCAAGGGCAUGGCAUUCUGUUUUCUAAUGGAGACUCAUGGAAAGAAAUGAGACAUUUUGCUCUGACAACUUUGAGAAAAUUUGGAAUGGGCAAGAAGAUGAGUGAAGAGAUAAUCAUACAGGAAUGUGGCUAUCUGAUUGAAGAAAUGAAACAAUACAAAGGUAAAGCCUUCAACAACACUCAGGCUAUCAAUUACGCUGUUUCAAAUGUUGUAUCAGCUCUGGUGUUUGGAAAGAGGUUUGAAUACGAAGAUCCAGUCUUCCAAAAGAUGGUGGAAAGAGACAACAAGAUUAUUCAUCUGAUCGGAUCAGUUUCUCUCCAGAUUUACAACUUUAUGCCAUGGCUGGGCCCUUUUUUUAAAAACUGGAAGAAUGUUAUGAAGAAUGUAGAAGAUGGAAAGGCAGAUGCUUGGAAGAAGAUAGUAGAUCUGAAGGAAACUCUGAACCCUGAGUUGUGCAGAUGCUUUGUUGAUGCCUUUCUGAUUCAUAAGAAACAUCUGGAGGAAUCUGGUAUCAGAAAUUCACACUACCAUGAUGAUAACUUGGUGUACAGUGUGGCAACUUUAUUUGCAGCUGGAACUGACACCACAUCUACGACUCUGAAGAGGAGUCUCCUUUAUAUGGUCAAGUUUCCUCAUAUUCAAGAUCACGUUCAGGAGGAGCUGAGCAGAGUGGUUGGAAGGCGGCAGCUUCAAAAUUUGGAGGACAGGAAGGAUUUGCCGUACACUGAUGCUGUUCUCCAUGAGACACAGAGAUUUGCAAACAUUACUCCAAUUGUCAUUUCUCACACUACAAGCAAAGAUGCCACCUUUCAGGGUUAUUUCAUUAAGAUGGAUGAGGGUGAAUGGGGGAGCACGCACAGUUUCAACCUUUCCAAUUCCCAAGAUAAGGAGGCUAAAUUCAUCAGGAGAGAUGCUUUCAUGUCCGAUGCAGCAGGUCACAACGUGUGUCUUGAAGAGAGUUUGUCCAGAAUGGAGCUCUUCCUGUUUUUCACCUCCCUCUCUCAACAUUUUUGUUCCACUCCCCCACUUGGAACAAAAAAGGUUAAAUUGUGUCAUCUGGACCAGUUUCUUUAA